AUGAAGGGAUAGAUUUCUGAAAAAGAAUAUGAACAGUUUAUUUCAAAUUUCCAUCCACACCAAAGUAAUCAGAUAAUUGUAACUACAAACUUUUUGAAAUAGGAAUGUAGUGUUGGUUGCAAUGAGGAUAAGAUUCUGCAAUUUAAUAAUAAGAAGAAGACAUAUGAAUGUGUUGUUGAAUGCUUUUUUGAAAAUUAAUUUAUGAACUUAGAUACUAAACAAUGUGUAGAAAGUAUAGAAUAAUGCUCUAUUUAAUCUUAUAAGAAUUUAUCAAAAAGAAUAUGCUCAAAUAAUUGUACUUAAGUUUAAAAAUAUUUAAAAGAUGAUAUCUUUCUUUAUAAAUAAGAUAGAUUAACAGGUUCAAUUGAAUUGGGAAUAGAUUAAUGCUCAAAUUCUCAUCCUUAAUUCUCAGUUUGUUUUACUGAUACUAAUCAAUAAUAAAAUGAAUGCUUAAAAUGUCCUAAUUCUCUUUAAAUAGGUAUCAACAGAUGGGCAGAUUUUUACAGUAAUUUUGGAGACCAAAUUUAUCUAAUAUGGGCUGAAUAUAUAGGAGAGUCUCUAGCAAAAUGUCCAAAUAUUACUUCUUUAAAAAUAGACCUAUUUUAUUAUUUCUUUCGUUUUGAUAAGGAUAGUACAUUAAAUGAUAUGAGUAUUAAUCAUAUUGGAAAGGCUAUUGAAAAAUGUUCAAAUCUAACUUCUUUAUUUAUAGAUCUAUACAAAGGAAGUAAAAUAACUAGUUUAAGUGCUUAAUAUUUAGGAGAAACUAUUGUCAAAUUUCAAAAUCUCAAUUCUUUAACUCUUUAUCUAAAAUCAAUUGUAAUAGGUAAUUUGGGUGUUUAGUAUUUAAUGGAAGCUAUUAUAAAACGUCCAAACAUCAUUUCUUUAGAUCUUAAUCUAGAAGAUACAGGUAUUUCUGAUUUGGGUGUUUAAUAUCUAGGAGAGGCUAUUAUUGCAAACAGAUAAAAACUCACUUUUUUAACUCUUAAUCUAUCUUAAAAUAAAAUUAAUCAUUUGGGUUCUUAAUAUCUUGGACAAGCUAUUAGUGCAAUAAGUUCAACGAUCACUUCUUUAACUCUUAUCCUUAAAUAUACUUAUUUAAAUGAUUCGGGUAUUCAAUAGUUAAGAGAUGCUAUUAUAAAAUGUCCUAACCUUACUUCAGUAACUCUGAUUCUAUGGCGAAACAAUAUAAGUGAAUUGGGUUAUUAAUAUCUAGGAGAAGCUAUUGAUGUAAUAGCUUCAGCUUUAACUUCUUUAACUCUUAACCUAAGUUUCAAUUAAAAAAUGGGUGUGGUGUUUUUUUAAAAUUUAAGAGAAGCUCUUGCAAAAUGUCAAAAUUUAAUUUUUUUAUAAUUAGAAUUUUGCGACAAUAAGAUAGGUGAUUAGGGUGUUUAAUAUUUAACUGAAGCUAUUAUAAAAUCUCCAAACAUCACUUAGUUAAACAUUAAUCUAAAUAGUUGUAAUAUCAGCAAUUUAGGUGCUCAAUACAUAGGAGAUGUUCUAGCAAAAUUAGUAAAGCUCACUUCUUUAGUAUUAGAUUUUUAGUAUAAUGAAAUAAUAAAUGAUUUGGAUAUUCAAUAUUUAGUAGAGGCUAUAAUAAAAUUACCUAGUUUAUAAAGUUUAGAAAUUCAACUUUAUGAUACAAAUGUUAGUGAGAAGGCCAUAGAUAAUUUCAAAAAAUAAUUAAAAACAAAGUUCCAAUCAAUUUUUUUGUAGAUUAAUAAAUGA